AUGGCACAACCUUCAACUGAGAAGCAUGAAAUGCUUGAAAUCGAAAAGGUUCCCGAAAUCAACGCUGGGAUUCCUGUCGACCCUGAUGAAGGUCUCAGUGAUGAAGAAAAGAAACGUAUUGAUGGCCGUCUCGUCUGGAAGCUGGAUAUACGACUUAUUCCGUGGCUCUCGCUGUUGUUUCUAGCUGGAUUCUUGGACCGGACUAACGUGGGAAAUGCAAAAAUCGAAGGUCUUCAGCAAGCACUACACAUGACAGAUGGUCAAUACAAUGCAUCUUUGUCCAUUUUCUUUAUAUCUUAUGCCCUCUUUGAGCCGCUCACGAAUGUUCUUCUGAAGCGAGUUGGCCCUCGAAUUUUCAUUCCCAGCAUUAUUAUAGCCUGGGUUAGUCCCUUCUACGAUCGUCGCAAAGGCUGGAUGUCCCCACUGACAAAUUUCUCUGGUCUCAUGGCGGCACGCUGGUUUCUGGGUCUCGCUGAAGCUGGCCUCCCACCAGGCAUUAGUUACUAUCUAUCGUGCUGGUACAAGCGUUCUGAAUUCGGCAUCAGAAUGGCUAUCUUUUUCUCGUCUGCUGCAUUGGCCGGAUCAUUUGGUGGUCUACUUGCAGCCGCGAUCUCUAAGAUGGAUGGGGUUGAUGACAGACCUGGCUGGUCAUGGAUUUUCAUCUUGGAAGGCCUUGCGACUGUAAUUCUAGGACUGCUUUCAUUCUGGGUGGUGGUCGACUUCCCGGACAAAGCAGUUUUUCUCUCAGAGGAUGACAAGAAUCGUGUACUUCGGCGAUUGGCGUUAGACCAACAGUCCAGCGCAAUGCACCAAGAAUGGAGUGUAAAAUUUCUCUGGGCAAGUCUCAAGGAUUGGAAGACAUAUACAAGUGUUUUGAUUUACAUGGGAGCUGGUGGAUCCUUAUAUGCUUUUGCUUUGUUUCUUCCUACCAUCAUCAAAGAAAUGGGUUUCACAGCAACGACCGCGCAACUCCUAACUGUUGCUCCCAAUGCCGUUGCAUUUCCUACCACCGUGCUAGUAGGAUACAUCGGCGAUCGCACCCAUGCAAGAGGAAUGCUGAACAUCAUGUCGUCAUUAAUAGGCAUGACAGGAUUCUGUAUGCUGAUUGCGGCAAAAUCCGCCGCCAUUCGCUAUGCUGGUACUUUCCUUGGGGCAAUGGCUAUAUUUCCGUGCGUCGCGAAUAGCAUAACCUGGGCAAGUAACAAUGUGGAAGGUGCUUACAAACGCGGUAUCACGCUCGGUAUCAUGAUCGGUUGGGGUAACCUGAAUGGCAUUGUCGCGUCCAAUAUCUAUCGGGCCCAAGAUUCUCCCAACUUUUACCUGGGCCACGGCGUUGUGCUAGGGUAUUUGACUGUUUGCUUAUUCCUCGGUUCUGUUCUCCAGACGGUCCUUCUACGAAUCGAAAAUCGAAAACGUCGCAGUGGUGAACGUGAUGUGUGGAUUCAUGGUCUCAAUUCUGAACAGAUCGAGCUAUUGGGUGACAAGCAGCCAGGUUUCAUCUACACCACAUAG